CUAGGCAUGCAGACUGCUUUUACAAACGUUUUUGUGAAAGAAUGGGUAGCUCUUAAGAGCUCAGUGAUUUCAAGCAUGGAACCGGGAUAGGUUGCCACCUGUGCAAUAAGUCCAUCCAUGAAAUUUCCUUGCUACUAAAUAUUCCACAGUCAAAUGUUAGUGGUGUUAUAACAAAGUGGAAGCAACUGGGAACAACAGUAACUCGUAAAAUGACAGAGCGGGGUCAGUGCAUGCUGAAGUGCCCACUAGAGACCUCCAAACUUCGUGUCUGGCAAUCUGAUGGACGUGUCUGGGUUUGGCAGUUGCCAGAAUGGUACUUGCCUGACUGCUUUGUGCCAAGUGUA